AUUCGUUUAUUCCGUUUUCCGUUUUAGCCUUUAAUUAACACAAUACACAAUAAAUACAAUACAAUACAAAUUUCCAAUAUGAAAAGCAAUGACAGUGGUGGCACAACACUCCAGCGCAUUGCCAAUUUGCCCGUUUAUGUGGGGUACAUGAUCAAUGUGGCUGCCAUUGUGCUAUCACAUCCCAUAGACAUAAUCAGAGUGAAUAUCCAGGCCAAUGUGCUGCACUAUGUCUCGAUGUCGGAAGUGGUCCGUCUAAUGUUCAGGCAGAAGAGGAUUGCGGGCUUCUACUACGGCAUUGGUGGUGCACUGUUGCGAUGUACGGUGCAGACCGGAACUACGUACGCAUUGUACCACUGGCUGAAGGAGAACCCGUACUUGCUGAUGCUGGAGCCAUACGACACCUCCACGGUGGCGGGUAUAAGCGGAUUUGGCGGCGGUCUGCUCUCAACGCCAUUUGCCAAGGUGGCGAUAGUACGGCAGGCCGAUCUAACCCGUCGUCCCUAUCUUCAACGCAACUAUAAAGACCCCUGGAAAGCUCUCAAGUGCAUGCAUGGAAAGGGGGGCACGGCCUUCCUAUUCACUGGAUGCGAGCUUCACGCUUUCACCGCCGGAGCAAUGGGAAUGCUUCACGCACCUGUACACGAAUGGGUAGAGGAUAUUCUGUUGAAACUCCACCACAUUCGUGAUGAAGAUUGGGUCAUUGAUCUGAUGUCAUUGACGUUAACGAGCAGCAUCAUAUCGUUAUUCCUGACGCCAGUGGAAGCGGUAACGACGGUGAUCAUGAAUGCUUGCUUCCAGAAGUUCCCCUCGAAGACGCAUCUCUGCCUCAAAAUCAUCCAGAUGCACGGCUACAGAGGAUUCUUCCUGGGUCUGCGGCCAGCUCUGAUCGCGCUCUUGCCACAUGCGUUCAUAGCCACACUCACUUAUCCUCUAAUUGCCGAUUAUUUCAUCAAUUAAAUUUCCGUUUUUAUU